AUGAACAACAACAACAGCAGCAACAACAACGAGGAUCUCAAUCCCUACGGAGAUCUGGAGGAUCAUCGAUCCCAGCAUUCCACGUAUUCCUACGAAGAUGCCAGCAAUGACGGCGAUGCUGAUGAAGAAAGCAGAGGACUCAUCAAACCGAGCGACAGUGGCGAGUCGGACUUGGCCAUGGCCGUCGUGGACAUUCUAUCCUGUUGCGACAGUCGCACCAAUACCACACAGGCCAAACUACUCCGGGAUAUGGAAGCCAGGUACCAGAACAAAGGGAACUUGAUUCUAGACGAAAAGCAACAGCGAGAAAUCUUUGCGGAUGAAAUUGAACAGUUGGCCAGGAAGAAAAAGAACAAGAGUGUCUCCUCGCGUAUCCUGGAAACGUUCAAACCCAAACCCAAGCUGUUGCGGGAGUUUGGAUCUUCUUCCAGUACCACCAAAAACACGUACUCGGUGCGAAGUUCACGGGGUAUCACGGGCGAAAUGCCAGUUCGAAAAGAAGCAGCACACGAGCAGCACAAGUCGGGAGCUCGGAAACUGUGGUGGGUGGCAGGGGGUGGUUUGCUCUUGCUGGUAUUCGUGGUGGUCGUCGUUAUUGUGGUGGUGGUCACGUCAAACAAAACCAACAAGUCCAACUUUUUCGUACCAUCCUCGGGCGGUAAUCAUAUUCCGAAAGGAUACAAUGGCAUUGCACCCAUGACGACCGAGUGUUUUGCCGUCAACCGACAAGAGCACCCUCAUGUCUUGUCCCAGUGUGCUUGCAACGGAAUCAUUGCAGGCAUUUCAGAGCCUGCUGAGCAAAAGUACAGAUCUCUACUCAAUGCAUUUGGUGCCGAGUACUUGCAUGCCAACGAAACAAUGUCGUCGUGUUCGUCACGCAACCAAGCUUUGGUGUGGCUAGCCGAAGAUCCAGGCAGUGUUUUGAAUGAACAGCUCGUUCAGAGGCAUGCCCUGGUUCUGUUCUUUGUCAAGCUACAUGGACUCUACUGGACGCUGGAAGAAGGCUUGCAGGAAUGGCUGACACCCAACCACGAGUGCACAUGGUAUGGCGUUUCUUGCAAUAGCAACAACCAAGUUGUUGCUGUUGAGCUGUGGAAUCUCAAUUUGGAUGGUUCCAUCCCCAAGGAGAUUAUGAGCUUGACCCAUCUACAGACGCUGUCCUUGCCCGAGAACCGCAUCCAAGGACGCUUGCCAACGGACGCCUUUGUCAUGAUGCCCAAACUCACCGACUUGACGCUCUUUAUGAAUAGCAUGUCGGGAUCAAUUGAUGGAAGUAUCUUUGACCACGUGACCAAGUUGCGCACACUCAACCUUGAUUCCAACGACUUGACGGGCACUCUACCGAGUGACAUCGGGAAGCUUUCAGCUCUAGAGGAGCUCAAGCUAGCACGGAACAACCUCAAAGGCAGCAUUCCAACCGAGAUUGGAAACGCAAACCUGCUCCAGAAGAUCGAACUAGAAGAAAACAACCUCGAUGGGACACUGCCGUCGGAGAUGGGCAAACUCAAUCUUCUCAAGUCGCUUAAUUUGAGCUGGAACAACUUUCAUGGUACCAUCCCCUGGGAGUUUCAGUCAUUUCGCAAGCUUGUGGACUUGUUCUUGAAAAGCAACAAUUUCAGUGGGAGGCUUCCUGAGAUAAUAAAGGCCUUUGACAAGCUGGAGAACCUCGUUGUGAGCCUCAAUUCCUUCACAGGCGAGCUGCCGUCUGGGAUGGAACACAUGGUAUCUCUAACAACCGUCCACCUUGAUGAGAACCAGUUCAACGGGACAGUGCCAUCCGCCCUAGGUGCCUGCUCCAUGCUACGGGAUAUCAACCUGGAGUACAACGAUUUCCAUGGCGCCAUCCCGAGUGAACUGGGAGAACUGCGCUGGCUAGUUUCGCUGAGCCUCGAGGGUAACGGCUUCCAGGGAACCAUGCCAACAGAGGUCUGUGGCCUCCGUGGUGACAUUGGAACCUUGAGUACACUAACCGCAUCGUGCACGGCUGUUGCCGACAGCGGCCGUGAGAAAGCAGAAGUUUUUGCCAAGCCUGAUGAAUUGAUCUGCACAGUUCCUGAGUGUUGCACGGCUUGCAAACGUAAAGGAUGA